AUGGCCACUCGACCGACAACAAAACUCCCCGCAGGUGCCAACCGUAUACUAUUUGUCAAAAACCUGAACUACCAAAUUACCGGAGAGGAUUUAUACGAUUUGUUUGGACGGUAUGGGAGUAUACGACAGAUCCGGAUAGGGAACGAGAACAAAACUAAAGGGACUGCAUUUGUUGUUUUCGACGACGUUAUGGACGCAAAGAAUGCACUAGAACAUUUGAAUGGAUUUCAUUUGCAAGAGCGAUACAUCGUCGUACUAUACCACAUGCCUGCAAAACAGGAUGCCGCUGCUGCAAAAGCUGAUCUGGCCCGUCGAGAGGAGGAGUUGGCAGCCUUGAAAAAGAAGCACGAUAUUGGAGAUGAAUGA